AUGUUGACUGCACUUACAGCGUCGGUGGUUACGCUACUUUGUACGGCUAAUGGCGCUGCCUCCAGAGACCUGACCUUUAUAUCCGACUGGGGCGAAAACCCAAGCGGUCUUGAAAUGCGUGCCUACUUUCCAGAUCCUCUCCCCGAGAGUCCAGAUGUUAUUCUCGCGCUCCACGCCUGUAGCCUCUCAGGGAUCCAGUACGAGGAAGAGAAUAACUACACCGUCUACGCUGACGAGACGGGCUUCAUCGCCCUUUUCCCCAGCACCUUGAACCAGGGCAACUGCUGGGACGUUGCCAAUCCCGAUUCGCUGACGUGCGGGAGCGGUGGCAGCGGCAGCGCCGGCCUCAUCAACAUGAUCCAGUGGUCCAUAUCCGAAUACAACGCCGACCCAGCUAGAAUUUUCUUCACCGGUUCCUCGUCCGGCUGCAUGAUGACCAACGUCAUGUGUGGAAAAUAUCCGGACGUUUUCGCCGCCGCUUCCCGUUACUCUGGAUUCCCUGCUGGCUGCCUUGCGGGGGCAGCCGGCUCGAGCCCGGGAACGGCCGACCCAGCCUGCGCGUUGGGCGAGGCCAGGUCGAGCGAGGAGUGGGCUCAGGCGGUGUGGGGCAUGUAUCCCGGCUACAACGGGACGUACCCACGGACAAUGAUCUGGCAUGGCACAGCGGAUGAAAUGGUUCUGUAUCCAAAUCUGGCCGAGACCUUGAAGCAGUGGUCGACCGUCUUUGACGUGCCGUUCACGAAGAAUGUCACGGAUGACCCAUAUCCGGGGUACACCAAGAUGCUUUACGGCGAUGGCACGCAGCUUCUCGGGUAUUCAGCAGAAGGUGUUGGGCAUAUGUCCCUGCAGAUGUGGAAUCGAUCUUGA